AUGUCUUCUGAAAAGAGACCGUUCCCAGGCGACGACCAGCAGCUCGUGGUCAAGCGGCAGAACGUGGGCUCUAGUCGCGCCCUCGCUACCCGCUCUGGCCCUGCUGGUGGAAGCUCUGGUGCCCUAAUUCAGUCGUCGGUUCCACGAACGAGCUCCUUGCAGGCUCCAGUAAUGGAGCUGUCAGGACACAGCGGCGAGAUCUUUGCGGCAAGAUUCGAUCCCACAGGAAACUUAAUAGCCUCUGGGUCAAUGGACAGGACAGUUUUGCUUUGGCGAACCUACGGCGACUGCGAAAACUACGGCGUUCUCUCCGGCCACAAGGGCGCCGUCCUUGACCUGCAAUGGUCCCGCGAUUCCGAAAUCCUCUUCACCGCCUCUGCCGAUAUGCACCUCGCUAGUUGGGACCUCACAUCAGGCACAAGGAUAAGACGCUACGUCGGACACGAAGAAGGCGUCACAUCGCUAGACCUGAGCAAGCGUGGCGAGGAGAUCCUCAUCAGCGGCAGCAACGACGGCACAGUUGGUAUUUGGGAUCCAAGGACGAAGCACGCGGCGGAUUACAUUGAAACGGAUUUCCCCAUCACGGCGGUUGCUAUCUCGGAGGCUGGCAAUGAGAUCUAUUCAGGUGGCAUCGACAAUGAUAUCAAGGUGUGGGAUGUCAGGAAAAAGGCUGUGGUACACACAAUGCUGGGUCAUCAGGACACGAUCACGACGUUGAGGGUAUCGCCGGACGGGCAGCAAUUAUUGUCGUAUGCGAUGGACUCGACCGCCAGGACGUGGGACAUUAGGCCUUUCGCCCCUGCCGAGCGACACAUUCGGACAUUUGACGGCGCACCGCUGGGCAUGGAGAAGAACUUGAUCAAGGGAAGCUGGGACUCGGACGGCAAGAAGAUCGCGGUGGGUGCUGGUGAUGGAACGGCUGUAGUUUGGGAGGCGGGUACAGGAAGGUUGCUGUACAAGCUUCCCGGUCAUAAGGGGACAGUCAACUCGGUUGACUUUGCACCGGGGGCGGAACCUCUCAUCCUCUCUGCGUCAUCAGACCGGAACAUGUUGUUGGGUGAGCUCAAGUGAGGCGGCGGGUUGCGACGAUGCCUCUCGAGUCGAAGGAAUUGUCUAGCCCGGUGCGAAGUUGCUCAUGUUCGAACCACAACGGCCGUCUAACCGCCUCGCUGCAGUCUGCCUGAGGCGAUGCCCCUAUUUCAGGAAUAGGGGGUCGAUUUGGCUGUUGUGCGACGAGAAAAGAUCACCUUUAGGCUACAGCCUGCUCCGGCACGGCAGGACUGCAUAUUUGGAAAGGAAGUAUGCCCAGGCGCUUCAAUGAUACCGGCGAAAGGCUGAGCAGAGGAGCAGUGAUGGAAAGGAUAAAAGUAAAGCGAGCUUGAUACCCAGCCUUGUAGGAAUAAAAAUUUGAAAGGAUAUACACCACACCUACAGGAUGCACACAGGCGCGCGCCAGGAGAUAUUUCAGGACGAGGGCACAGAUCUCGAAGAUAAAGACAGCCAAAGCACGAGCGAUCAACAACUCAAUGCGCAGCAGACACUUUGAUGCCUGACAUUGGGUGUGGCAUCAGUCACAGCUUCUACAUGAGACGGGGC